UUUUUUAAUGUUUUGUUUGAAAAAAGCAAGCGAACGUUGCAGAGAGGAAGACGCGAAAGAGGUGGUUUGCAUGGAAAGGGUUGAGAGAGCGUAGCGAAACGCCUUUCUCCGCUUCCCUGGCUUGGCUCCGAGAUAGUUGAGCCUCAUUCAAGAGACACACACACACACAAAACACACACACAUACGGAGAUGUUCAGUCUUUCUUAGCUCGGAGGAAGCCUUUUCUGUUUUACUGGGGGCGAGGUGGUGGGGAGCAGAGAUUUGCGGUUCCGGACGCGGCGAGAAACCCGCUUUCCAUUUAGUUGAUUUAUUCAUUUCUUUUGCAUGCGGGAGGAGAGAGGAGUUUGCUGGAUUCUUUUGCUGGGUGGGAUCGGCAACGCCGACGCCACGGCGCUGCUAUUAUUUGGGGUGGUGGUGUCUUUGGUAUGUGCGCUGUGUGUGCCUGGGAGAUCGUAAAGUAGGGAAAGCGCGUGAGACGAGCGAGCACACACACAGGCACGCACGCGCACACACACACACCAAUGUGGCAUGGGGGUGGGGUGAGAAAGGGACCGGCUCAUCGCUUGGCCAAAAACGCUAGCCCCGGAAUGGUGUGGUCGGAAGGCUUUUUCCCGAGGGGAUCUCGGCACCAGGAAGAGCGAGAGAGACUGCAUGGGUCCUUCCGUGAAAAGGAAGAAGAGAAAUGUGGCCGGCGAGGCAGGCUCGGAGCGGGAAGAGUUGACAAUGAGACGCGGAGGAGCGCUGGCAAUUAAAAAGUGACUGAGCAGGAUGCCGGCACCCACAAUGUCCUGAAUGUGGAGACUGGUGGAAGAAGAGGAGACAUCAUUCCACAGACAGCUCCUUUCCCUUCUCCACUGCCUUCUGUUUUGUUUCAUUUUUUUCCGGUGGAUAGGUUAAUGCACAACCAUUGCUGGAUGUGAUUCUUUCGCCAUGUGGCUCCUGAGACUAAAGCACCAUUUGUCGGUCAAUAUCUGGACCUUGCUGCUUCUGGGGAGUGCUUGGCUGCCAUUGGAAGAAGGCACCCCCAAGUCCAACUCUCCCUUUAGGACUUUCCAGGUCACUGACUGGAGUUUGACACACUUGGUGGUCCACAACAAAACUGGGGAGGUGUAUGUGGGUGCUGUCAACCGGAUCUAUAAGCUUGCAGACGAUCUGACACUGAUGCGCACUCAUGUCACGGGGCCCGUGGAUGACAAUGAGAAGUGCUACCCACCGCCUAGUGUGCAGUCUUGUCCACAUGGGCUAGUCAGCACCAACAAUGUCAACAAGUUGCUGCUGGUGGAUUAUUCUGGGAAUCGACUGAUAGCCUGUGGCAGUGCUUCUCAGGGCAUUUGCCAGUUUCUGCGUUUGGACGACCUUUUCAAGUUGGGUGAGCCCCAUCAUCGCAAGGAGCACUACCUCUCCAGCGUCAAUGAGUCAGGAACCAUGUCAGGCGUCAUCAUUGAAGUCCCGAAUGGGCAAAACAAGCUCUUCAUUGGAACACCCAUUGAUGGCAAGUCUGAGUACUUCCCUACCCUGUCCAGCCGUAAACUGAUGGCGAGUGAAGAGAAUGCAGAGAUGUUUGGCUUUGUUUAUCAGGAUGAGUUUGUCUCAUCCCAGCUCAAGAUUCCAUCAGACACACUGUCCAAGUUCCCCACAUUUGAUAUCUACUACAUCUAUAGCUUCAGCAGUGAGCAGUUUGUCUAUUACCUGACCUUGCAACUGGACACCCAGCUUACCUCGCCUGACUCUACCGGGGAGCAAUUUUUCACCUCCAAGGUCGUUCGGCUGUGUGUAGAUGAUCCCAAGUUCUACUCAUAUGUGGAAUUCCCCAUUGGUUGUAUUCGUGAUGGCAUUGAAUAUCGCCUGAUUCAGGACGCUUACUUAAGUAAGCCCGGAAAGGCACUGGCCAAGCAGUUGGGCAUCUCAGAGCAGGAGGAUAUCCUCUUCACAAUCUUCUCUCAGGGCCAGAAGAACAGGGUGAAGCCACCAAAGGAAUCUGUCCUUUGCCUCUUCACACUGAAGAAGAUCAAAGACAAGAUCAAGGAGCGCAUCCAGUCUUGCUAUCGUGGGGAGGGGAAGCUUUCUCUGCCCUGGCUUUUGAACAAGGAGUUGGGAUGCAUAAACUCACCCCUGCAAAUUGAUGACAAUUUCUGUGGUCAGGAUUUUAACCAGCCAUUGGGUGGAACAGUCACCAUUGAAGGUGUGCCGCUCUUUGUGGACAAGGAAGAUGGCAUGACGUCAGUGGCUGCGUAUGACUACCGUGGGCACACCGUGGUCUUUGCUGGGACACGGAGAGGCAGGAUAAAAAAGAUCCUUGUGGACCCUGCCAAUCCCAUUGGACGUUCAGCAUUGCAGUAUGAGAAUGUCAUAGCUCAUGAUGGCAGCUCCAUCCUGCGGGACUUAGUGCUCAGCCCUGAUCUCCAGUACCUCUAUGCUAUGACUGAGAAACAGGUGACCCGUGUGCCAGUGGAGAGUUGUGAGCAAUAUACAACCUGUGCGCUAUGUCUGGGCUCUAGGGACCCUCACUGUGGCUGGUGUGUCCUACACAACAUCUGCUCACGGAAGGACCGAUGUGAAAGAGCUGAUGAACCUCAGCGCUUUGCUUCAGAUCUACGCCAGUGCGUCCAGCUCACCAUCCAGCCCAAGAACAUAUCGGUCACCAUGUCGGAAGUCCUGCUGGUUCUGCAGGCCCGGAAUGUCCCUGAUCUCUCUGCUGGCGUGAACUGCUCAUUUGAAGAUUUUACGGAGUCUGAAAGUCGCAUUGUAGAUGGCAAGAUCUACUGUAGUUCUCCUUCUGCAAAAGAUGUCAUCCCUAUUACCAGAGGACGAGGCGACAAGCGAGUGGUAAAGCUCUACCUCAAAUCCAAGGAGACUGGGAAGAAGUUUGCAGCUGUGGAUUUUGUCUUUUACAACUGCAGUGUUCACCAAUCUUGCCUGUCCUGUGUGAAUGGAUUCUUCCCUUGCCAUUGGUGUAAAUAUCGUCACAUUUGUACCCACAAUGCUGCUGACUGUUCCUUUCUGGAAGGGCGUGUCAACAUGUCUGAGGACUGCCCACAGAUCCUUCCAUCUACCCAGAUAUAUAUCCCUGUGGGUGUGGUGAAGCCCAUCACUUUGACUGCCAAAAACCUGCCACAGCCACAGUCCGGACAGCGCAAUUAUGAGUGCAUCUUCCAUAUCCCUGGCACAUCCCAGCGUGUCACUGCCCUGCGCUUUAACAGCACCAGCAUCCAGUGCCAGAACACUUCGUAUUCCUAUGAAGGGAAUGGCAUCAGUGACCUCCCGGUGAACCUUUCCGUGGUAUGGAAUGGGAACUUCAUCAUUGACAAUCCCCAGAACAUCCAGGCUCACCUAUACAAGUGCUCAGCUCUGCGUGAGAGUUGUGGGCUGUGCCUCAAGGCAGAUCCACACUUCGAGUGUGGCUGGUGUGUGUCAGAAAAGCGAUGUUCCCUGCGCCAACAUUGCCCAGCCUCUGAGAGCAGCUGGAUGCAUGCCAGCAAUGGCAAUAGCCGGUGUGCAGACCCCAAAAUCAUUAAGCUGACACCUGAAACAGGCCCCCGGCAGGGCGGUACUCGCUUAACCAUCACUGGAGAGAACCUGGGCUUGAAGUUUGAGGAUGUACGCUUGGGUGUGUGGGUUGGCAAAGUGACGUGCAUGCCCAUCGAGAGCGAAUACAUCAGCGCUGAGCAGAUCGUCUGUGAGAUUGGAGAAGCCAGCCCAAGCAAAAUCCAAGAGGCCCCUGUGGAAGUUUGUGUCAGGGACUGCUCCCCCAGCUACAAGGCUAUAUCCCCCAAAAGCUUCACCUUUGUGACUCCUACUUUCUCACAAGUGUCACCAGCUCGGGGUCCUGUCUCUGGGGGCACCUGGAUCAGCAUAAAAGGAAAGCACCUUGAUGCAGGAAGUGACAUCACAGUAACCAUUGGAGGGCAACAGUGCGCCUUUCCAAGGAGAAAUGCUGUUGAAAUCCGGUGCAGGACACCACCUGGCCAAAGCUCAGGAGAGUCUCCCAUCCUCAUCCAUAUAAACCGGGCUAUACUUAGCAGCCCUGAGGUGGCAUAUUUCUAUACUGAUGACCCCACCAUUCAGAAGAUAGACCCCGAAUGGAGCAUCAACAGUGGUGGUACCCUGUUGACUGUGACAGGUACCAAUCUGGCCACUAUCAAAGAACCCAGGAUCCGAGCCAAGUAUGGCUCUGCUGAGAGUGAGAAUAACUGCACAGUCUACAACGACACCACCAUGGUGUGCUAUGCUCCCUCUAUUGACAACCCAGUCCGGAGUCCUCCAGAGCUUGGUGAUCGCCCAGAUGAAAUUGGUUUUGUCAUGGAUAAUGUCCAGGCCUUGCUGAUCAUCAACAAAACCAGCUUUGUCUAUUACCCAGACCCUGUAUUUGAGUCUCUCCCCUCUGGAAUGCUGGAGCUCAAGCCAAGCUCUCCACUCAUCCUCAAGGGCCGCAACCUGCUUCCUCCAGCACCUGGAAAUUCCCGGCUAAACUACACGGUGCUAAUUGGCGACACUCCCUGUGCUCUUACGGUUUCUGAGACCCAGCUUCUCUGCGAGUCACCCAAUCUCACAGGACAGCACAAAGUGACGAUCAAGGCUGGGGGAUUUGAAUUCUCCCCAGGGAUGCUGCAGAUCUAUUCAGACAACUUGUUGACCCUGCCAGCCAUUAUUGGAAUUGGUGGGGGCGGAGGUCUUCUCUUACUCAUCAUCAUCAUCGUCCUCAUUGCAUACAAGCGGAAAUCCCGAGAUGCUGACCGCACCCUCAAACGUCUACAGCUGCAGAUGGACAACUUGGAAUCCCGUGUGGCCUUGGAGUGCAAGGAAGCUUUUGCCGAGCUGCAGACGGACAUCCAUGAGCUGACCAAUGACUUGGAUGGAGCUGGCAUCCCCUUCUUGGAUUAUCGCACCUAUGCCAUGAGGGUCCUCUUCCCGGGAAUAGAAGACCACCCUGUGCUGAAGGAAAUGGAGGUCCAGGCAAAUGUGGAAAAGUCUUUGACCCUCUUUGGACAGCUCUUGAACAAAAAGCACUUCCUGUUGACCUUCAUUCGCACUUUGGAGGCACAGCGCAGCUUCUCCAUGAGGGAUCGGGGCAACGUGGCCUCUUUAAUCAUGACAGCGCUGCAGGGCGAGAUGGAGUAUGCCACUGGGGUGCUCAAGCAGCUUCUCUCAGACUUGAUCGAAAAGAACUUGGAGAGCAAGAACCAUCCAAAACUGCUCUUGAGGAGGACUGAGUCGGUGGCUGAAAAAAUGCUGACAAAUUGGUUCACGUUCCUUCUGUACAAGUUCUUAAAGGAGUGUGCAGGUGAACCUCUGUUCAUGCUUUACUGUGCCAUCAAACAGCAGAUGGAGAAGGGACCCAUUGAUGCUAUCACUGGAGAGGCUCGCUACUCCUUAAGUGAAGACAAGCUCAUCCGUCAACAAAUCGACUACAAAAUGCUGACACUGAACUGUGUGAACCCUGAGAAUGAGAAUGCUCCUGAGAUCCCGGUCAAGGUUCUAAACUGUGACACCAUCACACAAGUGAAGGAGAAGCUUUUGGAUGCUGUGUAUAAAGGAGUCCCUUACUCACAGAGACCUAAGGCAGGGGACAUGGAUCUGGUGAGCACGAUCCCCAGUGACCCCAUGCCCUUCUCUUCCAUCGGUGCAGAGUGGCGGCAGGGCAGGAUGGCUCGGAUAAUACUGCAAGAUGAAGAUGUCACGACAAAGAUCGACAAUGACUGGAAAAGGCUCAACACUCUCGCCCAUUACCAGGUGACAGAUGGUUCCUCUGUGGCCCUGGUGCCCAAGCAGAAUUCAGCUUACAACAUUUCCAACUCCUCCACCUUCACCAAAUCACUCAGCAGAUAUGAGAGUAUGCUCCGGACAGCCAGCAGUCCUGACAGCCUCCGUUCCCGGACCCCCAUGAUCACUCCUGACCUGGAGAGCGGCACCAAGCUGUGGCACCUGGUGAAGAAUCAUGAUCACAUGGACCAGCGAGAAGGUGACCGCGGCAGCAAGAUGGUCUCAGAAAUCUACUUGACCCGCCUGCUAGCCACCAAGGGAACCUUGCAGAAGUUUGUUGAUGACCUCUUUGAGACCAUAUUCAGCACCGCCCAUCGAGGGAGUGCCUUGCCUCUCGCCAUCAAAUACAUGUUUGAUUUUCUGGAUGAACAAGCUGAUAAGCACCAGAUCAAUGACUACGAUGUCAGGCACACUUGGAAGAGUAAUUGUCUACCUCUGCGCUUUUGGGUGAAUGUGAUUAAGAACCCCCAGUUUGUGUUUGACAUUCACAAGAACAGUAUUACUGAUGCCUGCCUAUCAGUGGUGGCUCAGACAUUCAUGGACUCCUGCUCAACUUCUGAGCACAAGCUAGGGAAAGACUCUCCCUCCAAUAAACUACUGUACGCCAAGGACAUCCCCAACUAUAAGAGCUGGGUAGAAAGAUAUUAUGCAGAUAUUGCUAAAAUGCCAGCAAUCAGCGACCAAGACAUGAGCGCCUACCUGGCAGAGCAGUCCCGGUUACACCUGAGCCAGUUCAACAGUAUGAGCGCACUGCAUGAGAUCUACUCAUACAUCACCAAGUACAAGGAUGAGAUUUUAGCUGCUUUAGAGAAGGACGAACAGGCCCGAAGGCAACGGCUGCGGAGUAAGUUGGAGCAGGCAAUUGACACAAUGGCCCUAAGUAGCUGAAAAGGUCAAGAUGGUGCUGCAGACUUCCCUAGCAGUGGACUCUUAAGGGAGAGAGAGAGCGGCAAGUGAGUCGCGGCAGCAAGAAAGCAAUCAAGGAAUACAUUGGGGCCUGGCACCAAACAAUGCACAGAGUUUGCUGCGUCUCAGAACACUUUACACACAACAAACAGCAAAACAACAGCAACAACAACGUAAGACCGCCAUUCUCAAAAGCAAACAGAGCCUAUUUUAAAGACCUUUUGGAAGGAGUGACGUAGCAAAGAACCUGAAGGACCGCAGGAGAUGUGCAAGGAGGGCCAGUGAGACAAACCCCUGCUCAGCUGCAACUGCCUCCCUUCUCCGGCUCCCACCAAGGCCUGCUCCAGAUUUGGCAAUGGAAGGUUGGGGACUGCACUAACGUCUAGGACCACCUUUUUACAUUAUGGUUUUUUUUUUCCAUGGCAGGCGGUUUGGUAGGCUUAUAAUUCCCUGCCCUUUCUCCCUGUACUUCCUUCCUUCCUUUCCCGCCUUGCCUGGACAGCUCCACUCUCCACCUUCUCUUCCAUACUCUCUGGCCUUCUUCCUCUAGUGUUAACUGCUAUAUUUGCACAAUUUCCACAAGCUAGGUUUUGUUUUCGUUUUUUUGUUUUUUUUUUAAAGAUUUUAAAUAUACGAGUGUGGGGAGGUUCUAAAUUUUAAACAAAACUUUGCAGGAUUUUUUAAAAUUCUUGUUUUAACAAAAAGAAAGGAGCAUUGCUUGCUUGGGAUAGAAGUGGGGGUGAGUGGAGUCCAAGAGAAGAGCCCCUCUAUCUUUGAUUCUUCCUACACUUUGUCCUGUGCCAUAUUUUAUUUUAAUAACAUUUAGCACAGGCCAAAUUGAUGCUCUUGUUUUGAAUGCUGCUUACGCGGGUGCCGAAGGUUUAAGGUACCCAGAGGGCAAAGAACUUGCAAAAGGGAGGGCGGGCCAUGCAUGGCAAACCCCUGUAGAGAGAUCUUUCCACCUGUUUGUGAUGAAUUACUUUGUGGAAAGUGGCACACUUUUGAGAAAAGUCCCUGCUUUGCCUUUUUAUAGAUUAAGACAGGGCUGGCUGUUUUUAAGCAGAGUUUAGCAACUCUUCAAAAGUUCUCAUUGCCCCACCCGCCCCAGAGUAGCCCGUCCCCAGCUGCCCCCAUCUGUACAUUUCCCACUCCUGGGGCAUUUAGACAGAAGGGUACUGCCACGUAUUGCCACUGCAUAGACAGUGAAUGGGGGUGGCCGUUUGAACCAACUCUCAGUAUUCCCUCUUCCGUUGUAGAGGAAAGGCAUCUUAGUAACAGAUGCAGUCAGACUUGGUAGGGUCUGGGUCAUGCAGGAAGCCUAUGAGUAGAUGCUUCUUCUGUGUUGUCUCCAUUUCUAGCAGAACAUGGCAACACUGGGUCUAUUCAGAGAAAUCAUGAGGUCAGACUUCAUGCUAAGAGAUAAGGAACAAAGCGUGAUUCAGCAUGGAGCUGCAGUCUAGCACUGACAGAAUCAUUAUAUAUAAGUGGGAUGCCCCUUUAGUUUUUUCAGCUGUGUAAGUGUGUAGACACACCACUUUAGAAUAUUUUAUUUGCCUCAUCCCAAUUUCUUCAGCAAAAUGCAGAGCAUCUCUUUUUGUUUUGGCAGCAAUGAAGACCCAAACUCCCAACAGUCUUGUAAUUCCACUCUGCUGGGAUAAGCAGCUUCACCAGCGGAUUUGGUUCUGGUUAGGCCAAUGAGAAGAGGGUGAGAGAGUGCAGAUAAGAAACGAGUUUCAUGGAACUGUAGAGUUGGAAGGGACCCCAAGUGCCAUCUAGUCCAACGCCCUUCAUUAUUUACAUUAUUACUUUUGUGCAGGAAUCGUUAGAUUAUAUGUGAUAUUCUCCAUAGCUUGCUUUGGCUAUGGACUGCUCCAGAGAGCAGGGAAAUAAUGAUCUUAGUGGGGAGAGUAGAGUAUCAUUCACUCCAAUAUGAUGAUAGCAUUACGAGAGGGGUAAUUCCUGCAACUGAGUUCUGCUUUCUAUUCUCUGCUACUUGGUUCAACCCAAAGGCUGCCUCCUCUUUCCUCUAUGCACCUGGUUCCUGGCUGGCUUUGGGCUUCUCCUUGUUAGCAAACUGCCGUGUAGGAGGCCAGAAGGAACAGGUGUCCAUAUUGGGUCAGAGCAGAGAGGUCUGCAGAAGAAGACCCAGGUGCCGUUAGUUACUGCCACGUUGCCCAGGUUGUGAUCAGGUACUUCCAGUUCAAUUCAAGGCUGCCAUAGUGUUUCCCAAGACAUCCUGCACUGUUUGGAGGAGAAGUACCUUCGUUUUGUGUCUGCUCACUCCUUGAGUGUCAGAAGGUGUCCUCAUUUUCAAACUGAAACAACUCUUGUCCCUGGAAUUCAGUAGCUCCAUCUUUGAAAUGUGAAUUAUGUGCUGUCGGAAAGGAGCAUUUUACUUAUUAGUUAGGUUUGCAAUUUUAGGAGGCAACUGUUUAUUCUGCAUCCCACCACCCCUUCAUUAUUCUCAUUCUACACCUAAAGAGCAACGAAGCUAUGUGAGAGUAGGGAAGAGAGACUGUCCUUAGUUGAACUAGGGUUUGGGUCUAUGGCCUACAAAGUGCAUGUUAGCACUCCAUAAUUUUAAUUUCACACUGGCCUGGAUGUCUUGUACCAAAGGGCAGUUAAUCAAUUCACUGAAAUAAAUACAAUUUAAAAAUUAUAAAAUAACAAUCCUACACACUGAGCAAAGCAUUUCUGAAGGUCCUGAAAUGCCCAUUGGGUCUGAGUUUUCUGGUCCAACCCUAGCAAAGAACCAAGACAUCCCAUAUCCAGCCUAAACCACAAUAUGUGAGAGAAACAAGCCCCUGAACUCUUGCUAAAAUCUGUUUCCCUUUGCUCCUCUCUUUUUCGUUAUCUCUACAUCAUUCCAUUCACUGUUCUGACCCUAAGAAUUUUAAUCCCCUCAAUUCAGUUCCUGACAAAUGCAAUGCCUUUAAUUAUCAUUCAAAAGUUUGCUAGUGUGAUGAAGCCACUGCCCUAAUUCAACUCAGGUGACCAAACCCACCAAACUUUCAGCCUUCACCCACCCACCCAGUACCAAUAAACUCAGUUGCUAUCUCAAGUCUAGGUUGAGAGAGAGGCUAUUGCAGAACAUACCAAGCCUGAUCCUACCCAUUCCCUGAGAGUGCAAAUAAGGGGAGGAGAGGGGAUGUAAUGAAGUUUUUAAUUAAAAUUUAAAAUGUGUGUGUGUGCGUGUAUAUAUAUAUAUGUUGUUACAAUCUAAUUCUUGUGCCCCAGUGGGGCACUGUAUAGUUAACAGAAAGAGCUCAAACCAGUAUCACAUACGGUUUUUACACAACCAGUGGAAAAUACCAAAUGGAUAAAAUUUCAAACAUUUCUCAUCAACCAGAACAAUCAUUUGAAGCCUAUAUACAUCUCAGAUUGCUUUGUUAUUUUGUUUUUAUCCUUUUUAAUUAUUUUUAAUUAAAGAGGAGGAAGAGGAGAAGACAAAACGACAAUAAAAAAAUAUAAUGGAAAAACACCUAGGGAUUCCCGAGAUCUCUCUGGAUCCAUAGGACCUGUGGGCUGUUGCAUGACUGUGCUAGAGUUUAGUCUGAGUUGAACUUUUUUUAAAAGAAAAAAUGCAAGUGUUGAAUACUAGAGGUUUGUUUAGACCUUUUUAUUUUUGAAAUUUUGGAAUUAAUUUGCCACUUCUUGUAUAAGGAAAACAAAGAAUUAACAACUGUUUAUUUCUGGGAAAAAAUGGUACUCAGAAGCCUUAAAGGACAGCUAAGUGUUUCUACACACAAAAGAUACUGUAAUAUUUUACAGGCUCCCCUCCUUGGACUUCAUUUCAAGUGUACUUGGAAGCAUAAAUCAUUACAUGAUUGACACUUAAAAGAGAUAGAGGCUCAAUCUUUUGGCUUGGUGUAAGUCAGCACCAUUUUAAGGAAAACUAAAGUGCCAUCCUGACUUUUUAGAAGCAAAUGACAAAAUCCCCCUCUGUUGAUUGCAUAGAGAGCAAACGUUUGACUGGAAAAUGCCAUAUACCAUUCCUCUAGACUAGAGCCACCCACUUAUCCAGGUAUCUCAGCAAUAACAUAUUGGGAGACUUCACUAUAAAAAUAAUAUUCGGUGGGUUACCUCAAGUGAACAACUUUUAUCUUUUCUGAUAAAAACUCAACAAAGUGCAUUAGAAGUUGGCUUAAUUUGAAGGGCCUGCAGAAUGCAAGUAGGCUUGUUCAGUCUUCAGGACUGGCCUUUAGAAAGACCUAGCUACCGGUAAUUGCAUCCUAUCUUCCCAGUUCCUAGCCUUCAGUGAACCAAGUCAUCUCCAUAUGGGCCAUGGCAGCAGUGGGGGGGGGGGUAGAGGGAGUUCUUAGCCUAAUGCUUAGCAGAAUCGUAGAAAUUUAACUUGCCACUAGGGAUGUGUGUGGAGUGGAGGAAUACUUCCCCUGUGUCCAGACUCUCUGCACAGUGGACAGACCAGCAGCUGAAAUAACUGGAAAGCCAGCAGCUAAAUCAGCUCCCAUGCAAAUACUUCAGCUUGAUACAGUUUGUGAUUCAGUCUGCCAGGCUGCAAGCUUUCUGGACAGCCUAAGGGGCACACAGGCAAGCACCAAGAUGGCAAGGCUCAGUGCUUUUUUCCUGGGGGUCCUCAAGGGUAUACUGGCACCUUCCCCCCUCCCCUUAAUAAGAAAAGCACUGCUUAAAAUUGUGGCACUUACUUUAACAACUUCAUGGUGAGUACCGGCACCUUUUUCCCCAAGAAGAAAAGCACUGGUCAGGCUUAAAUUGGACAUCUUGGCAAACAGAUGUUCCACACGCUUUCAACCCACAGAAAAUGGGGUAAAUCAGAAAUAUGUUGUCCCCCCCCCCCGUUUUUUGUGCUUGUGUAAUUGCCAACACUAAAAUGCCUACUGGUGGUCUGCUCUGUGUGCAUGCUGGGCUUCCUUUGCCUCUGGCACUGCCUUCGUCAGUCACAAUUCUGCCAUAGAAACCAAGCCAGUGACUUUGCAGACAAUGCCUGGGGCAGAAGAGAAACUCAGUGGCCUCCCAAAGGUGGAGAGGAGAGAGACAAAGCAGCUAGCAGACAAGCAGCGAGUUCAAAUUUCCGUCUUCUUUCUCACCCCAGUGCCUGCAGUUCCACUGAAAUCAACAGUAUUUAUUUAUUUAUUGUCAGCAGACACUCAUCCACUGUGUUAAAAAGAUUUACAAUCUGGCUCACACCCAGAGGAUCUUGUAUUUCUUUCCUGGACAGUUUUAAUCUUAGUUGCUUCCAUAUUAGCCCCUUUCUCUGGAAUCGCCUUCCCUUGUUCAUUUGCUCUUUAUAGAACAUUCAGACAGCAUCAUUUUUAAAUCACUGCAUUCCAGUCUUUCGUGGCUUAUCCUGUGUCCCCCCCCUCCCCCAUACAGAUUCAUGGCAUAAAUUUGGGUAAUGAAAUGCAAUUGGAUCACCAGCCUGUACUUACAGGGCUAUACAAAAUGAUGUUAGGCGUUUCUGUGCCCUUACUUUAAAUUUACGUAUCUUGUUUGCAGAUCUUGCCCAUUUUAUAUCUUUCUCUUGAUCAUGACUGGAGUAGUUAGUGAUGAAUAAUUGCUUAACUGUCUCUUAUCAAUUUAUUUAUUUAUUUAUGGGGGGAAGACCAUCAGUAGUGACUUCCUCUCAUCAUUUUCCUUCCCAUAGUGGAAAUCGCCAAUAGAAUCACACACACAAUUGAAAUUGGGACAGUUAAUAAACUAUUAAUCACCAAUUUUCCUACCUGAACUCAUCCAGAAGCAAUAAAGCAGGCAAAGAUAACACUCUCAAUUAAUGUUGCUGUGAUCCUUUGCUAAAUAGGCUUUACAUAGGAGCAAACGUUAAGGGAGGAUCGUGGGGUGGGGGCACACAGAAAGACAUUGACAGAUAACAUUAACACUAACCUCUUGUUUUAGUUCAGCCUCCAGCUAAAUGUAGUGCCUGAGCAGUGCUAAAGGGUUGUAGCAUGGAAGCAAUCCCGUAUGUUACUCUUCAUUGGGUUGUGCACAUCCACAUCUAUCCAUGCAAAGACACAUCUGGGGACUUCAGUGGCAAUGUCAAAUCUCCUGACGUUUCCGACUUCUGCAGGAAUUUGAAUAUGAUAUGCAAUCAUGCCAUUGGCACUAAGCUCUUUUGCUAUGCAUUUUGAUGCUCAGACGAUCACCUGAAAAACAAAACCUAUAUAAGCCAUUAACACAGGCAUAGGCAGACUUGGCCCUCCAGAUGUUUUGUGACCAUCAUCCCGGACCACUGGUCCUGUUAGCUAGAGAUGAUGGGAGCUGUAGUCCCAAAACAUCUGGAGGGCCAAGUUUGCCUAUGCCUGCAUUAACUCUUUUCAUCCAAGCAUCACCAAUCCAUUCCCACCAACAUUAUGUGAGAACCCUUCUCCACAAUGACACUAUUCCAUGUAUUAGUUACUUCUAAAUAAGGUCUCCAUGACUCAUAGAAUCGUAGAGUUGGAUCAUCUAGUUCUAGUUCAACCCCCACAGUGCAGGAAUCUCAGCUAAAGCAUCCAUGACAGAUGACCAUUCAACCUCUGUUUAAAAACCUCCAAUGAAGGAGAGUCCACCACUUUCCAAGAGAGUCAGAUCCACUGUCAAACAGCUCUUAACGUCAGAAAGUUUUUCCGUUAUGUUUAGUUGGAAUCUCCUUUCUUGUAACUUGAUGCCAUUGGUUCAAGUCCUACCCUCCAGAGCAGGAGGAAACAAGCUUGCUCUAUCAUCCAUGUGACAGCCAUUUAGAUAUUUGCGGAUGGCUAUCAUAUUUCCUCUCAAUCUCCUAUUUUCUCUAAGACUUAUCUUCCAGACCCUUGAUCAUCUUGGUCACCCUCCUCUGUACACAUUCCAGCUUGUCAAUAUCCUUAAACUGCGGUGCCCAGAACUCGACACAAUACUCCAGGUGUGGUCUGACCAAGGCAGAACAAAGCGGUACUAUUACUUCCCUUGAUCUGGACACAAUACUUCUGUUGAUGCAGCCUAGAGUAGCAUUAGCUUUUUUGCUGCUGCAUCAUACUGUUGACUCAUAGAAUCACAGAAUAAUGGAAUUGUAGACUUGGAAGCAUGUUAAACGUGUCCUCUACUGAGGCCACUAGAUCUUUUUCACAUGUACUACUGGCAAGCCAGGUGUUCCUUAUCUUAUAUUUGUGCAGCUGCUUCUUACUACCUAAGUGUUGGGCCUGGUUCUCUCAUCUGUUAAGUCAUCUUGAAUCCCAAUUCUGCUCCCAGUUUUGUGUCAUGUGCAAAUUUGAUGAGUAUCCCCUAUAUCAUGGGUAGGCAAACGAAAGUCCGCAGGCUGGAUCAGGCCCAAUUGCCUUCUGGAUCCGGCCUGCGGACAGUCUGGGAAUCAACGUGUGGGUUGCUAGUGUACACAUUCUUUCCCUCUCCCUCACAUGGUGCCGCCUCCUCCCUCCCUCCUCCUGGCUUCUCCCAGCCCUGCCUAGAGGAAGGGGGCUGGGCUUCGUUGGUGCCAGCAGCAGCAGUGCUCAAGGGCCGCCAUUUUAAGCAGCCCCUCUCCGAAGCCCUUUCGCGCACUGCUCAUCGUCCCUCCGCCGCUGCCAGCCCCUGCUGCUAACAAGACACAGGUAAGCAGCCACCGGGGCUCGAGGUGCUCUUGCAUCAUCCCCCC